CUCCUAAGGUAGGACGGACAUUUUGUUGCGUUGCGCACAUGACGGUCUUCCGUGAAUGCUGCUAGUACGGGGUAACAAUCAUGCAUCGAAAGUUAAUUACUUCAUACCAAUGUUAUAAAUUGCUCCUUUCUGACCGUCACAUCAAUCAACUUUCACAAAAAUCCGUAUUGAAGUCAUCGCUGAUCGGCCAUAGCCGAUUCCUCAGCUCCAGCCAGUCCUCUGAGGGUGAUGGAGGCUCGCGAACAUCUCCUGCGACGGCCGAUGGCCAGAGCCAAUCAGAGGUCAAGGAAUCUAAAGAUGCAGUGAGGAAGGAGGCCAAAGAGGUAAAGAGAGAUGACCAGCUCCAUGCAGCAGUGGUAGGAGAACCCCAGCUCCAUGCAACAGCAGUAGAGGAACCCCAGCUCCAUGCAACAGCGGUAGGAGAACCAGUAGGAGAACCACAGCUCCAGGCAGCAGCGGUAGGAGAAUCGGUAGGGGAACCCCAGCUCCAUGCAACAGCGGUAGGAGAACCACAGGUCCAGGCAGCAGCAGUAGGAGAACCAGUAGGAGAACCCCAGCUCCAGGCAGCAGUGGUAGGAGAACCAGUAGGAGAACCCCAGCUCCAGGCAGCAGCGGUAGGAGAACCACAGGUCCAGGCAGCAGCGGUAGGAGAACCAGUAGGAGAACCCGAGCUUCAGGCAGCAGCAGUAGGAGAACCACAGGUCCAGGCAGCAGCGGUAGGAGAACCCCAGCUCCAGGCAGCAGCGGUAGGAGAACCACAGGUCCAGGCAGCAGCGGAACCGGUAGGAGAACCUCAGCUCCGUGAUGCAGCCAUAGGGGAACUGGUAGGACAACCUCAGGUCCAGGCAGCCGCGGAACUGUUAGGAGAACCCCAGCUCCGUGAUGCAGCGGCGAUGGCAGCUGUGUCUCAGGUUGCCAUGGAGGCGGCACGCAACAUGGCCGCCACUCCUCAGGCAGAGAGCAGCCCAGCCUCAGCGCAGGAGAGGGAGGCAAAAGGAGGGAAGAAAAGUCUCCUGGAGUUACUGGGUGCCAUGAAGGUUGACGUGACGACCAAGCGGAAAGUCAGGACCCCACGUCCUCUUCAGUCAGAGCAGCCAAUGAAGAGCAAGGCCAAGCCAACAAUACCUGUUGCCAGGGACACAACCAAGGGUAUGUUUCAGGAGGCCUCAGCAGCAGCAGCAGCAGCAGCAGCAGUGGGGGAGAAUGUGGAGAAAGAAACAGGCUUAGCCCCUGAGCUGGUUGUCGCAGCAACAGCAGCUGCUUCCACACUCCCUAAUCGUGGCCAGGCAACCUCAGAGUUGCUCCGGCAACUAAGACGCCAUGAAGCCCAGACACACGCCCAGCAGCAAGGAGGAGAGAGUAUCAGCAACAUCAUUGCUGAUAUGAAGGUGGGUAGACGAGCCAAUGGACGCCUCGAUGCUCGACCAUCCAAUCAGAUCCGUUUUGAUGAGGAUGGACGGGGCUACACACAUGAUAGAGGCAUCACCAGUGAACUGGAUGGAGUUCGACGCAGAAAGAGUGGCUUCACUGGUAGGCGGUUAAAUGUCUUCACCACAAAGCCUGAGGAUUCACCAGCUGUUGAUGCAGGCCUGUCGCUAUGGGACCUUGAUUUGGGCAAUCGCAUAGCCAUGGCAACCAAUCAGCUUCCACGGAACGGCUUUGAAGAGAUGCUGCUCUGGACUAAGCAGGGAACAUUUUGGCAGUAUCCAAUCAACAAUGAGGCUGGUCUGGAAGAAGAGUCGUCUGUACCGUUUCAUGAGCACGUUUUCAUGGAGAAGCACCUCUCAGAAGGGUUUCCCUCACAGGGACCGGUACGUCACUUCAUGGAACUGGUGGUCGCUGGACUGGCCAAGAACCCCUACCUAACAGCCAAUCAGAAGCAAGAGCACAUAGCCUGGUUCCGAGGUUACUUCCAGGAAAAGCAGGGGGUUCUGGAGGAGGCAGAGGUGUACAACAGCUGAGGAACCUUAAGGGAGAACCUGGGGAACCUUAAUGCAACACAGAUUCAAGGAUUAGACGUUUAGUGUUUGAAGUGGUUGCAUCCAGCCAUGUACCAGGUAUCAAUAAGGGGAAGACAAAAACAGGUUAAAGUCUAACCAAACUGGGAGAAAAGGCAGAUGAAUGGCGACACACACCAAAACAUAUGGGAGAACUUUUAAAUAUGGGAAACAAAAUACAAGUAACAAAAAGCUUUUACGUUGGACAAUUUCCAGCAGUGUAAAUAUGUAUUGGUACAUGACCCCUCCUGCUCACAUGAAUAAGAUGCACACAUGUAUCAACCACACGGUCAUGUUCAUUUCAGAGCCCAGAAAAUCAACUAAUCUAUUAGUUUCCCAUGUUCUGGUGUGAGCGGCUGUAUGUGUCUGUAACCAUAAUAAGAUGCAUUGACCUUGAGAUAUGCUCAGCAUGUGUAUGUACAUUUCUGUUCUCAUGUAGGCCAAUGUUGAUACUUGAACUACUUUGUACAUUGAACAGGUCUAAACCCCCCCCCCCCCCCCCCCCCCCCCACCACUAUAUAUGUGUGACUUCUGUUUGGAAAGUUUUUGGCGGUUACAAUGAAUCCAAAUAAAUAUAAUUAUUUUUCACCCUGA